AUGGACAAUCAUAACACUAAAAACGAUAAUGACGGAAGAACGACGAAGGGAGGUGAAGGGCUGUCGAAAUCGGCACCUAGAUCCAACCUAGGCGGGGAUGCUGCUCCCAUGGCGACGAAACCGUCGCCGAGAAUUGGCAGCAACACGACAAGGACUCCAGUAGGUGUCUCCUCAGGUAGCAGGCUGGGGGUAACCGGCGCUAAACCGCCGACAACAGAAGUAGCGAAGGGUGGAUCCUUCAUGCGCGGCGGAAUCGCCAGUACUAGCAGGGGAACCUCAGCUAGAGUCAUGAAGGGAUCCACGGGGGGAAAAAGCAAGGCAGCUUUAGCUAGGAAGCUAAAGUCAGACCGUCGAUUGGCGGCCAAAAUCGUGGAACGCUACGGUGACAAGCAUGUUGGUCAGGUUUCUGAGCAACAUGCUAGUACACUUGAGUGGGCCAAGAAAGUGCUGAGCGAGGACGAUAGGGCAGGACCGGAAACCAGCAGGACAGAACCGGCGGUCAAGCGGCAGAGGUCGCACGAGGGAGAAACCUCCCUUAUUAAGAAACCGCGAACAGGAAAGGCGCCAACCUUUAGCGAAAUCGCUAAAGGCGCUGGGGCCAUAGUACUGGGGGUGCUCGACCGGAGCAGGGAGGACGGAGCCAUCUCCCAUGACGAAUGGAAGAGGGUAGCGGCGGCUAUAUCAUCGGUAUUCCUAAGGGUGGUCAAGGAAAACCCGGGGCCACCCCCGAAAUGUGUGAGUGCCGGCUGGCACCAGGGGCUGCACAAGCUCACAAGUUGUGCUGACGAGAGAUCGGCCACCUUAUACAGGAAGGCAGUCUCUCAGGUGGGGGAGGUCUGGAAGGGAGCCAGACUGGAGGCCGUGGCCAAAGGGGAUCUUCCUCUUCGUCCUAGGGCUCGCGUUUGGCUGCCGGCCGAACCUUCCAACCCGAGCGAGAUUGAGGAAAUCCUCAGAUAUUGUAAUCCCUCACUUCCGACGCAGGACUGGAAAGUUUUAAGGCUGGAGAGGACUGAUGAACCGUAUCGGCAAGCGCUGAUAAUGCUAAACACGGAAUCCAUCGGUCCUCUCAGCAAAACAAAGGGAGCCAUAAGCUAUGGUUUUGAGAUGGUAGUGCUGAAAGUACUUCCAUCUGAUGCCAGGGCUGAUGGCCCCCAAGCUGCGGUGGCUGCGGUGGAUGUGACAGGGGGUACUGACGGUCAAGCGACCGUGGAAAUUGAUGCGUCAGAGGGCGCCGACGGUCAAAUGGCUGUGGAAGUGGUCGAUCCGGAUCUCUCGGAUGUGGCGAGUGUUGGAGGCGGUUCGUCGAUUGGCGACUCCGUCUUCAGCCUCGAACAACUGUUCGAGGAGGUUCGGGUCGAUCACGACUUGAGCGCUGAAAUAGCGCUCCUGGAGGAAAGUCUGAAGGAUGAAAUUCCUCCAGAUUAA